GUAGAAGAAGAAGAGUCAGAGUGGCGUGCGUUUUAUUUCGUGUUUUCUCGCUACAAAAUUUUAUUAAUUACUAAUAUAAGAAAAUCAAUAUUUGUAAUUUGAUUAAAUACAGUUCAUAGGCAUUAACAACACUUGAUUUGUAGUCAAGAAUGGAUUCCGAUUUGUAUGAUGAGUUUGGCAAUUAUAUAGGACCCGAUUUGGAUAGCGAUGAGGACGAUGACCAAAGCAUUUAUGGUCAGCCCGAUGUGACCGAUGAUCCAGAUGAGGAUGCAUUGGAUGAGGAUGAGGCGGAGCCGCAGGACGAUGAGGAGAAAGAGGUGACGGCCGUUGUGUUGCACGAGGAUAAACGCUACUAUCCCUCGGCUGUGGAGGUUUAUGGGCCCGAUGUGGAGACAAUUGUGCAGGAGGAGGAUGCCCAGCCAUUGGAUAAGCCGCUCAUUGAGCCGGUAAAGAAGCUCAAAUUUCAGAUCAAGGAACAGGAUCUGCCCGAAACCACCUACGAUAUGGAGUUCAUGGCGGAUCUUAUGGACACUCCGCCACUGAUACGCAAUGUGGCACUUGUCGGCCAUUUGCACCAUGGCAAAACGACAUUCGUCGAUUGUCUGAUACGGCAGACGCAUCCGCAGUUUGAGAAUAUGGAGGAGCGAUCGCUGCGCUACACGGACACGCUCUUCACGGAGCAGGAGCGCGGCUGCAGCAUCAAGGCGACGCCGGUGACUCUCGUCCUGCAGGAUGUCAAGCAGAAGAGCUAUUUGCUGAACAUCUUCGAUACGCCAGGCCAUGUGAACUUCUCCGACGAGGCAACCGCUGCGAUGCGCAUGAGCGAUGGCGUCGUCCUCUUCAUCGAUGCCUCCGAGGGUGUCAUGCUCAACACGGAGCGACUGCUUAAGCACGCCGUCCAGGAGCGACUGGCCAUCACUGUGUGCAUCAACAAGAUCGAUCGUCUCAUUCUGGAGCUGAAGCUACCGCCACAGGAUGCAUACUUCAAGCUGAAGCACAUUGUGGAGGAAGUCAACAGUUUGUUGAGCACUUAUGGCAGCGCUGAGGAUAAUCUAAUGGUGUCGCCCGUGUUGGGUAACGUUUGCUUUGCCAGUUCGCUUUACGGAUUUUGCUUUACGCUGAAAUCGUUUGCCAAGCUGUAUGCGGACACCUACGAGGGCGUCAACUACAUCGAGUUUGCCAAGCGACUCUGGGGCGACAUGUACUUUCACAGCAAGUCUCGCAAAUUUACGAGGAAACCGCCGCAUAGCUCGGCACAGCGCAGCUUUGUGGAGUUCAUAUUGGAGCCGAUGUACAAGCUGAUUGCCCAGGUGGUGGGUGAUGUGGAUACCACGUUGUCCGACACCUUGUCGGAGCUGCAUGUGCGCGUCUCCAAGGAUGAGAUGAAGUCCAAUAUACGGCCAUUGUUGCGUGUGGUCUGCAAUCGUUUUAUGGGCGAUUGCAGCGGCUUUGUUGAAAUGUGUGUGGAGCACAUCAAAUCACCGCUGGAGAAUGCCAAACGGAAGGUCGAUCACAUUUAUACGGGUCCCAAGGAGGGCGACAUUUACCGGGACAUGAUCAUGUGCAAUCAGUACGGCACACUGAUGGUGCACAGCUCCAAGAUGUAUCCCAACGAUGAUUGCACCUUCUUUCAGGUGCUCGCGCGCAUUGUGUCCGGCACACUGCAGGCCGGGCAGGAGGUGCGUGUGCUGGGCGAAAAUUAUACGCUCCAGGAUGAGGAAGAUUCACGCAUUCUACAAAUUGGACGACUUUGGGUGUACGAGGCGCGCUACAAGGUUGAAUUGAAUCGUGUGCCCGCCGGCAAUUGGGUGCUCAUCGAGGGUAUUGAUCAGUGCAUUGUGAAAACGUCCAGCAUUGUGGACAUCAAUGUGCCCGAGGAUCUCUACAUAUUCCGACCGCUUAAGUUCAACACACAAAGCAUUAUCAAGAUUGCUGUGGAGCCGGUGAAUCCCUCCGAGUUACCCAAAAUGUUGGACGGCUUGCGUAAGGUAAACAAAUCGUAUCCGUUGCUCUCCACUCGCGUCGAGGAGUCCGGCGAACACGUUAUCCUGGGCACGGGUGAACUCUAUUUGGAUUGCGUGAUGCACGAUCUGCGCAAGAUGUACUCGGAGAUUGAUAUCAAGGUGGCCGAUCCUGUGGUCGCAUUCUGUGAGACAGUGGUGGAGACGAGCUCGCUGAAAUGCUUCGCCGAGACGCCCAACAAGAAGAACAAGAUUACCAUGAUAUCUGAGCCGCUGGAAAAGGGUCUGGCCGAGGAUAUUGAGAACGAAACGGUCUGCAUCAAUUGGAACAAGAAGCGCAUCGGAGAAUUCUUUCAGAUCAACUACGACUGGGAUUUGCUGGCGGCACGUUCCAUCUGGGCAUUUGGACCGGACACAACGGGUCCGAACAUUCUCGUCGAUGAUACGCUGCCCUCCGAGGUCGAUAAGAAUCUGCUGACUGCCGUCCGUGAGUCCAUCGUGCAAGGCUUUCAGUGGGGCACCCGGGAGGGUCCGCUAUGCGAGGAGCCCAUACGCAAUGUCAAGUUCAAGAUUCUCGAUGCUGUCAUUGCCAACGAGGCACUACAUCGUGGCGGUGGCCAGAUCAUUCCCACGGCACGUCGUGUCGCCUACUCGGCCUUCCUCAUGGCCACGCCCCGUCUAAUGGAGCCCUAUCUGUUUGUCGAGGUCCAGGCACCAGCCGAUUGUGUCUCUGCCGUCUACACGGUCCUGGCGCGGCGCAGAGGUCACGUUACGCAGGAUGCACCCGUUUCGGGCUCGCCCAUUUACACAAUCAAAGCAUUUAUACCCGCCAUCGAUUCGUUUGGCUUCGAAACCGAUCUGCGCACCCACACUCAAGGUCAGGCCUUCUGUCUGUCCGUCUUCCAUCACUGGCAAAUCGUUCCUGGCGAUCCGCUGGAUAAGAGCAUCAUAAUACGACCGCUGGAGCCACAGCAAGCCUCGCAUUUGGCCCGUGAGUUCAUGAUCAAGACGCGUCGGCGCAAGGGUCUCUCCGAGGAUGUCUCCAUCAACAAAUUCUUCGACGAUCCCAUGUUGUUGGAGCUGGCGCGACAGGAUGUGCUGCUCAAUUAUCCACUUUAGUUUUAGUCUUGCAAGUGAAUCAAUAAAAGGCUGCUUAGUGGCCAAUGUCUUUAGAGGAA